AAAAGUGGUGAGACGGGACCCUGCUGUUCGCACCGCCGUUGCUUCGCGCGCUUUCUCCCGCAGAGAUGAGGCGGAAGGAGAAGAGGCUGUUGCAGUUCGCCGGGCUGCUCAUAGCGGCUCUGUUAUUCCUCCCUAACGUCGGGUUGUGGUCUUUGUACAGGGACCGAGUGUUUGACAACUCUCUCUACACAGUGGAUGCACCGAUACAGUGGUUGAACCAGCUGCGUAAGGUCACUCAGGUGGGACUUGACGGUGUGCGGCGGAUCGACUGGCACGACUACGAGGCAAUAAGGAGAGAUGCUGCACGCAUGGGUAAUGGUGAGCAGGGGAAGCCGUUCCCGCUGACAGAAAAUGACCGAGUCGACCAAGCCUACAGGGAAAACGGCUUCAACAUUUAUGUCAGCGACCGAAUCUCUCUCAACCGCUCUCUCCCUGACAUCCGCCAUGAAAACUGUAGACAGAAGCUGUAUGCAGAAAAGCUUCCCAACACCAGUAUCAUCAUCCCUUUCCACAAUGAGGGCUGGUCAUCUCUGCUAAGGACUGUUCACAGUGUGCUCAACCGCUCUCCUCCACAGCUCAUCACAGAGGUCAUACUGGUGGAUGACUUCAGUGACAAAGAGCACCUAAAGGUGGCACUGGAGGAGUACAUGAAAAGGAUGCCUAAGGUUCGCAUCUUGAGGACGAAGAAGAGGGAGGGGCUGAUCAGAACUCGUCUUCUUGGAGCCGCUGCUGCCAAGGGGGAAGUCAUCACCUUCCUGGACUCACACUGCGAAGCUAAUGUCAACUGGCUGCCUCCACUGCUGGACCGAAUUGCCCAGAACAGGAAGUCUAUUGUAUGUCCAAUGAUCGACGUCAUCGACCACGACAACUUUGGCUAUGAUACGCAGGCAGGGGACGCCAUGCGAGGGGCUUUUGACUGGGAAAUGUACUACAAACGGAUUCCCAUCCCUCCAGAAAUGCAGAGGGAUGACCCCAGUGAACCCUUUGAGUCACCAGUGAUGGCAGGCGGACUGUUUGCUGUGGAUAGAAAAUGGUUCUGGGAGCUGGGAGGAUACGACACUGGUCUGGAGAUCUGGGGAGGAGAGCAGUACGAGAUCUCCUUCAAGCUGUGGAUGUGUGGUGGUCGGAUGGAGGACAUCCCUUGCUCCAGGGUAGGACACAUCUAUAGGAAGUAUGUCCCCUACAAAGUCCCUGGUGGGAUCAGCUUGGCAAAGAAUCUAAAACGUGUAGCAGAAGUUUGGAUGGACGAAUACGCAGAGUAUGUGUACCAGCGUCGACCUGAGUAUCGGCACCUGUCUGCAGGUGACAUGACAGCACAGAAAGAGCUGAGAACCCGAUUAAGCUGUAAAAGCUUUAAGUGGUUUAUGAAUGAAGUGGCCUGGGAUCUUCCCAAACACUAUCCACCAGUAGAACCUCCUGCUGCUGCUUGGGGAGAGAUACAGAAUGUGGGCAGUGGAAUGUGUAUGGAGGUCAAACACUUUGUGUCAGGGAGCCCCAUCCGCUUGGAGAACUGUGUGAAAGGCCGUGGUGAGGUGGGGUGGAGUCACGGACAGGUGUUAACAUUUGGCUGGAGGGAGGAUAUCCGGGUGGGUGACCCCAUGCAUACAAGGAAGCUGUGCUUUGAUGCCGUCUCCCACAGCAGCCCAGUCACCCUGUAUGACUGUCACGGCAUGAAGGGAAACCAGCUGUGGCGCUACAGAAAGGAUAAGAGUCUGUAUCAUCCCGUCAGUAACAGCUGUAUUGAUAGCAGUCCGAGUGAGCGGCGAGUCUUCAUGAACACGUGUGACCCUGCCUCUCUCAGCCAGCUGUGGUUGUUUGAAAGAACCAACGCGACUGUGCUGGAGCACUUCAACCAGGGCACCAACUGAGCUUACUGAACAGUGAGAUGACACGUCUUCCAAAAAGAACAAUCAUGACUCAAUGGUCAUCUUUGUUCAAGUACGAAUGAAAGCUACAAGUGAAUAAGAUGCAGCUUUCCAGACAUACCCUGUGAUACAGUGAUCUAGUGCAGUCCCCGAGAGCUGAAGAGCUGGUGGGACCACAAGCAGUGACAUCCAGAAUCCAAUCAUGAAGCGCAAGCUUGUCGUGGGAAAGGAGAUAAAAGAAGGACAUGCUUGCCUGAGCACCAGCACCCGAAACACUCAGACGGGAGAAUAAUGGUGAGACCUGACUGCCUUGUGGAAACCCCGAAAAUGUGGAGCUUUUAAAGAUGGAAGACUCUGACCUCAAGAAUGUAUAAGAGGGAAAAACUUGCAAGGAAACAACUUCAUUUGACUGCAGUAAAAAUACUGAUACUACUGCCGAUACUGCUGGAUUUAAUGGAUGAGCUAUCCAGUUUUUAUUUCAUUUAUUUAUAUAUUUUUGUCAAUGCCAUCUUUUUACUCACAGCGCCAAGUUCUUUAAAGGCACAACUUGAGAAAAUGAGGAGGGACAAAAUCCUGCACAGUGUGUAGAUUUACUAAAAAUAUACGUUUUUCAAAGGCACAAAGACUUUUAAAGUGAACUUUUUUGUAUAAUGUUAUAAACCAACUAAAUAUUACGUGAACAUCAUUUCAAAAUGUAUUUUGUGUUGUCUGGUAAAUUACAGGUAAAUACUUAUUUUUUAAAAUUAUAUUUUCAUUAAAUGUUCUGCUAUGCUAAACUACUACUGAGGCAAAGUUAAGAAGUGUACUGAUUAACAGUUGUAAACCAACAGAUAUUUAUGCCAUUUACAGAAAACAUAAGUGAAGUUGCACAUUGCUUGUUUGCAUGUGUUAGCAAUUCUCUAACAACUUAAGGAAUUCUCAGGGUACAGCCCUGUCUCCCAAAAGUUUCAUUAUCAUUUUAUUGUUGAUUUCUAAACAAAAUGCAAGAAACCUGUGUGCACUCUUUUAAUUCAAUUCAAUUUUAUUUAUAUAGCGCCAAAUAACAACAACAGUCGCCUCAAGGCCCUUUAUAUUGUAAGGUAGACCCUACAAUAAUACAUACAGAGAAAAACCCAACAAUCAAAUGACCCCCUAUGAGCAAUCACUUUGGCGACAGUGGGAAGGAAAAACUCCCUUUUAACAGGAAGAAUCCUCCGGUAGAACCAGGCUCAGGGAGGGGCGGCCAUUUUUUCAUAAACACAUCUACAAAUCAUUCUGUCAGAGAGGUCCAGAAUUGGCAGCGCAGUGGUUUACAGCAUAAGAUUCUGGGUUUGUGCCUCUCUGCGUGGAGUUUGCAUGAUGUCCACGUUCUUGCACAGAUUUUUUUCCAGGAGCUCAAAUCUCUUCAGAUCUCUUCAAAUCAAAAAAUAUGUUAUUUUUAGUUGAUAGUAAUAACUAUCUUCAUCUAGGAAACUCUUGCAAACUGGAUUCAAAAUCUCAGGAUUUCAGGACUCUGGUGCACAGCCUGAGAUCCUCAUGCAAGGACCUGCUGACUGUUUUCACCUCAUGCUUAGAGACUAAAAGGGACUCUGCAGUUGUGGAAUGACCAGCCGAACUGAAGCAUGCUACAUAGUUAGCUUUAAGAAAUAUUGUUAAUUAUUUUUUAAAAUAUUUUUUCUUAAGUACACAGUAUUUUAUUACUGACUUUGCACUUGUGUAUCGCAUGAUUCUACUGUAAGUUUUAUUACCCUCUGCUCUUUUUAUAGUUUAUCAUCCGUGUUUUUAUUGUGUAUAAAGCUGUGAAAUGGUUUUAAUACGUGCUAUACA